CAAACAAACACUUCUACUACACUUCUCACCACCAACUUUAAAAAAAAUCUCCAUCAAAAUGUACGCCUCCAAGAUCGUCGCUUCUCUCGGCCUCUUCCUCGGCCUGGCCACCGCCACCGUCAACAUUGGCAAGGACUCUGCCGGUGACACUGUUGCCUGGAUUGGCGGCGAGUCCGAGUGCACUAACGUCUUCAUUGCUGGCAACGGUGCCAACCCUUGCGGAAUCAACUUCACCCUCAACAAUGGUUUCACCUACCACCUCGUUGGCUGCGGUGGUGCCGGCUUGAGCUUGGACAACGGCGAUGGCUCUUUCAACAGCAACUGCCAGUUCGGCGAGCAGAACCUCCAGUGCGGUGUCCAGCAGCAGUGGUCUUGCUUCUAAGCGAAUUCCUUUGGCUUCUACAGGGGAAAGGAGAUGGAUUGUAGCUUACAAGUUACAUGAUUGUUUGGUUCGAUUGGAGUAGCCACAUCCGCCGAUUGUGUUCUGAACAGGUGAACGCCUAUAGCUGAUUUUACUUUUCUACCGGUG